UACAGAAAAGCCCCAACCGGGCCAAACCCUCUUCUCCCUCCCACACGCACCACCAUGCGGCCUACGCCGCCUCCCCCCAUCGCCGUGAUUCCAUGACCGCCGCCGCGCCGUCUCCUCCUCUCAAGCGACCAUCCGCCGCCGCCUUCUCCGAUGCCUCCCCAGCUCCUCAUACACAGCCUCCUCCAGCUCCGGAUCCCCCCUCGCCACCCCCUCCUCCGCCUCCUCCACUCCUACAACCCCAUCGACCGCCCGCCGCCGCAGGACCCGCCCCUGCACGACGCUGAGCUUUGGAUCGCCAAGGCGCUCGCGACUGCCGCCUUACUCCUGCCACACUACCUCCCGGCAUUCCGCCGCCUCGCACCCUCCCAGGCCGCCGCCGCCGCCGCGCUCCGCCACGCGCCGUGCGCCUCCUCGACGCUCCACCUCUUCUCUGCGCUGCAUUCCGCCCACUCCCAGCUCGCCAUCCCCCCGUCCGCUCAUUCCUACCGCUACGUCAUCUCGUUGAUGUGCCAGUCCGGCCGCCACACUGAUGCCCUCCAACUGUUCGACCAAAUGACGGACCAGUCUGGUUACUUUCCCAAUGCUCGUUUUCUCUCGUUCCUGUCCGGUUCCUGCGCCACUGCAGGCCUUCUUGAUGCUGCUGCAGCAUUGCUCUCAAAGGCAUCCCAAUUUGGUUGUUCCAUUGAAGCGUAUGCAUAUAACAAGCUCAUGGGCUUGUUCAUUGGCCGUGGCCGGGUGCAGGACGCUGUGGCAUUGUUUGAGGGGUGGAUCCAGGGGAGAGUGUAUUCCCCGGACGUCUGGAGCUUUAAUGUCGUCAUCAAGGGGGUUUGCAAGGUGGGGGAUGUUCAAAAGGCGCUCGAGUUGGUCGAAAGGAUGGAUGAGUUUGGUUGCUCGCCAGAUACUGUCACACAUAAUAUUCUUGUGAAUGGGCUAUGCAGGGCAAAGGAGGUGAGUAAGGGUCGUGAGGUGUUGAGGAGGCUUCAGAGAGAUGGUGUUUGCAUGCCCAAUGUAGUGACAUACACCUCAGUAAUCUCAGGUUACUGUAAGACUGGCAGGAUGGAGGAUGCAAUGGCAGUAUACGAUGACAUGGUUGCGUGUGGGACAUCACCCAAUUUGGUCACAUACAAUGUGCUAAUCAAUGGAUAUGGCAAGGCUGGGAAUAUGGGGUCUGCGGUGGCAGUGUAUCAGCAAAUGAUACUUCGUCGCUGCCUUCCUGAUGUUGUGACAUUUAGUUCAUUGAUUGAUGGAUAUUGUCGGUGCGGACAGCUUGAUGAUGCAAUGAAGAUUUGGGCUGAGAUGUCUCAGUACCAUAUUCAACCAAAUGCACACACGUUCUGUAUCAUAAUACACACAUUUUGUAAGCAGAACAGAUCAGGGGAAGCGCUUCAUUUUUUGAAAAAAAUGAACAUGAGAACAGACAUUGCACCACAAGUGUUUAUAUAUAACCCUGUGAUUGAUGUACUGUGCAAGGGUGGAAAGGUGGACGAAGCAAACAUGAUUCUAAUGGAGAUGGAAGAGAAAGGAUGUCGUCCCGACAAGUAUACAUAUACUAUUUUGAUAAUUGGGCACUGCAUGAAGGGUAGGAUAGCAGAAGCCAUCACAUUUUUCCAUAAAAUGGUAGAGACUGGGUGUUCCCCUGACAGUAUAGUAGUCAAUUCUUUUAUUAGCUGCCUUUUAAAGUCUGGGAUGCCUGGUGAGGUGGAUCACAUAAUGCGUAUUGCAGCAGGGGGUGCUUCAUCGAGUUGGAAAGAUCCUUCUCCUGUUACCCAAAGCGUAGACAUUUCAGUAGCUGUAUAGCUGAAUGAUACAAUGGAGAAUGUAAGGAACAGCAUCUUGACUGUUUUCGGUGCGAAUUACGGGGCAUCUGGCGCUUGUCCAAAUAAGAAGAACAAGCUCUGUGGUUUUGCAGAACAUUCAGUCAAAAGGAACUCAAAUGUAACCAAUGACAUCUUGGUUACACCAAGGGUAUGGAACUAUUGAGAGACUAAUCCAAAGUUUCAUGCUAAGAAAGAAAAGGACAAGCAGCUUGGUGCUCCGUGUAUACGUUGAAGUGAUUCGAUGAAUUCCAUAAAGGGAAGCAAAUGGUGGAGCUGUAAAUUUCAAGGGGCCUGCUGAUCAGCUGCAGUAGUGCUACAUCACUUGCUCAAUGGACCCUUGACACACUCCUCAACACCUCAUGUAUGAUUUGUCGACUCCCUGGGUAGAUGAUAAGAUCAUCCAGUCACUUGGACCUGCCUGUCAAGAACCUUCUUCGUUUUGGAGGAGCUGUUACCUAAAUGAGGGGGAAUCAGCAGUUGAAGAACACGAUGGAAGUAAUUUACCCUCUAGCAGAGGUCCCUUUCAUGCAAUCAGUCAUGCUGUGACUGGAGCUGUAGAAUCUCAGGAUCCUUGACUUCUGAGGUGUGAAUCUAAAAAAAAAGGUACACUAUAUAUCCUGUUCUUGAUGCAUAUCUAACUUGAGGCGAAAAGGAUUCGCCAUAAUAUAUUGCUGGUUCACCGGUAAUUUCUGGUGGCCUAUUGAAGUUUUGUGCAAUGGUGGAAUAUAUUUGGUCUUCCUUUUCUUCAAUGGCCAACCAUUGUUAAAUAACAGGGACCAUUAAUUGUUGGAUCUUGUUCUCUGUACCUGGAUCAUUGGUGAAGCAUAAGGCGAGGCCGCUCUGUGCUUCUGUUGGAACUUGAACAUGUACAAAUAUUUGGUACGAAGUGCCUAACCUAAAGGUUCUCUUGCCUAACCCGGACCACUUGUGGCCAGGAAAGGUGAACAGGGGGGCGGUAGCACGUUGUCAACCAUUUCUGUUAAGUGAAGGCGUGAAGCUGUAGGCAAGAGUUCCCAAGAGGAAUGGUUGAUGAACUCUACUCACCGAGCCUUUGGGGCUAAGCAACCACCUGCUAGAGGAAACUUAAGAGUCUUUUCGUCCUUCAUCCGCCUGGUGUCUCGCUGACAGUGUGAGUCUGGAUUGGUGACGAAUGGAGUUUAUGAGAACGGGCUCAGCUUAACCUGGAUACUAGACGAGAACUCUAGAAGCAGUUCAUGAGCUUAAUCUUUAACUACAGUCGUUGGACAAUAUGCUAAGCCAUAGGAGUUAGGUUCAGGAGAGACUCACAUUCAGCUAUUACACAGGAUUCUCUUUCCUCUUUUU